GUUUCCAGCUGAUAAGUUGUUGCUUUUGUUUUUGUUGCAAAACCAUUUAUGAUUUUUGUGUUAUUUUUUGCCAGAAAAUGAGCGAAUCCCCAAGCUAAAUUAAUAUAUAUUAAAACCAUUAACAAUGUCCACUCCUCUGGAGCAACAGACGGACGAACGGGAGGCGUUACAAUCGAUCUACGAGGGCGAUACGAACUUUAAGGAAAUCAACAGCACCACUUUUCAGUAUAAAUAUGGCGAAGAGGACAACUACAAGUCGUUCCUGGUGGAGCUGCAGUGGGGCGAAAACUAUCCGGACGAGGCACCCACGAUCAAUAUGAACACAUUCUACAAUAGGAAUCUACUGCCCGCUGUCAAGGAGGAGAUCCAGGCCGCCCUGAACACGGAAGCCACUCAAUGGCUGGGCUGCGGCAUGACUUACACCUUAUUCGAGUGCCUCAAGGAUAAUCUGGAGCAACUAACCGCUGGACAGCCUGAAUCGGCACCCACCAUAAAAGCCGUGGACGAUGGUGUGGUGGCGCUAAAGAUUUCCGAUGCCGAUGCAGAGGCGGGGAAAAAGGAGCCCAAGAAGGAGCAGCUCACCAAGGCGCAAAAGCGGCGUCAAUGGGAGCGAACGGAUCAUAAGGGAGACCGGGCACGUGGCUGGGAUUGGGUUGACCUAGUGAAACAUUUAUCCCAGACGGGCAGCAAGGAUGAUGCGCCCACAGCCGCCGAAAUUGCAGCCGCAGCUGCCCCAGCUCUGCAUCCGCUGAACAACUAAAAAUAAAAUAAUAAACACUAGAAAUCAACGAGGGAACUUUGAAUCGAAAUCAAAAGCAAAUCAUAUUUUUAAUCAUUAUCUUUAUCGAUUUAUUAAAAGAGUUAAAACUA